CUCACCGCGGUCCUGAGACGACACGGUGAAAUUCCGCUUAAAUGGCCGUCGCGUGGAAUCGCCACACGACCCGCAAGUCCAACCAAUACCAACAAGAAACGGUGUAGCGUCCUCGAGUUCGGUCUCGCUUAAGCGGCGUGGACAGGGGCGAGAAGAGAGGCGAGAGAGAGAGAAUCAGUGGCGGCUGGCAUCUGCGUUGGGAUCCGCAGAUGGUUGCAUAACAGCGUCGGUUCUCCUCCUACUCCUCGUCCCGCUCCUCCUUUCGGCCGGCCAGCCUCACCGCCGCAGCGAGCGAGGGAGGUGCGUGUGGGGCGAGGCUCUCCCUCACUAGUCUGCGCCGUGCUCCUGCUGGCUCCGGAGAAGAUGAUGCUGAGAGCCAGGGAGCCACGUGGAGUUCGCAAGCUCGCCCUCUGGCUCGCUUUGCACAGCCUCUUCGCCUCCUCGCUGGCUCAAGGCGCCGGCGAGGGAAAGCGGGACUACUGCAUGAUCGGGUGCAGCGCCCAUCGGCUCAUGGGCCUGAGGUUGCCCCUGGACGUCCCCAACACCGUCUACUGGUGGCCGGGCGCUGCCAACAGCAAGGUGCGGGUGGAAGGACCCAAUAUCUGGGAGUGGAAGGAUAUCGAGGAAUCGCAGAGGAAUCAGUGGCACGAGAUCACGACGACGCAGAGGGAUGACAACGACCCGGACACAAAAUAUGCAGAGUUUACCCGCGCCGAAUGUAAUCCCGAGAACGCUGGGACAUUUUAUCAAUCAAGCUCCAUUUUCUAUCGUUAUUCCAUCAAUUAG